ACAAGCUCACCAGCCUGGCUUUGCAACCAGUGAUAACUCCCGAGUUGGUGCAAGGUCGUGUCUACCUGAAGUGCGCUUACAGCCGCCCCUCCUCAAAGCCACCACUGCAGUACGUGGUGGUCUGGUCACGUCUGUCCACCCCUGGCAAGAAAGAGCAGAUCCAGCGUGACACCACCCUGCAGCCUUUUUCCUACGUAGAGAUGAACGGUGUAAAUCUCAGACUGGGAGACAUGGUCUUUUGCACUGUCACGGCUUUUAUGAGGGACGUUCCUGAGCAGCAGUCAUUGCCUGAAGAGAGCAAAGGUUUCUAUGCUGGGAUUAAGUUUUUACCAGAGUCGUUACAAAUUGCAGAGGAUGGCAAAGAGCAUGUUUUGACCAUUUUGAGCACUGUACCUAUUGCUUGUUCUGGGCACGAUGAUUCCUGUAAAAUUACUUUACAAAUAAGUACUGAGGAUUUGGAUAGCCAGUUACUGGGGCUCCCAAACAUCGCCCUUUCAGCAUGCCAGGUGGAUCUGCUGCGGGUGCCCUGCUCGGAAAGCAGCUGUGCAGCAGCUGCGCUGACAGUGACAGCCGUGACAGACUUUGCUCAGGAUGGGGACCGCAUCAGCCGCAUCAGAGCCGAGCCAGUCGGACGGAGGGAUUUGCUCUGGAGGGCUUACACGCCAAAGGAUGUGAAGGUCACAGUUCGAGACCUCCCAACAGGGAACUGCUACUCUUUCACUGAUCCACACAUUAUCACAUUUGAUGGAUGGCGUUACGAUAACUAUAAAAUUGGCACCUUUGUGUUGUGCCAGAGCACGUCGAGGGCAUUUGAAGUGCACGUUCGGCAGUGGGACUGCGGGGGCCACCGCUCCGCCACCGCCUGCAAUUGUGGCGUAGCUGCACGUGAGGGGGGUGACACUGUGGUCCUGGACACCUGCAAUGGCCAUUUUCGGGAGAGCAGACCCCAGCUGGCCAUUAGAAGCACUGAGGCAUCGCCACAUGUCAAAAUCCUGAAGUCCUAUGGAGGAAGAAAAAUAACAAUCCUGUUCCCUUCAGGAGCAUUUGUUCGGGCCGACAUAAGCGAGUGGGGAAUGGGUUUGACAGUGAGGACACCAGGCAGUGACUUCAACAGCACCAGGGGUUUGUGUGGCCUCUUUGAUGGGAUCGCACACAACGACCUGAGCAAUCUGCCCGAGGAAGACUUCAUAGAGGAGUGGAGAAUACCUCCAGGGAAGAGUUUAUUUGACAAGACUCCAGCACCUUCUGAGGGGAAGCAAAGGAAAAAUUACUGCAGAUGUCAGAAGGAGAGCACCAAGUCCAUAUCCGUGGUAAACACACUGAAUGCCUUUCAGACUCCUUUCUCUCAGUCCUCUGGUUGCCGUUACGACCAUGUGGAUUUCACCUCGGCAAUCCCCUAUCUAGAUGUUACACCAGAGUUUGUCACUCACUCAGAGUCUACUUCAAGAAAAGAGGAGAAACUGCCGACCAAGUCUUUUGAUCAAAGAUAUCUGCCUAAAUCAGUACAAAAACGAGGUAGCCCUGAGGAGCAACUAAAACCCCUCACACACAAUGUUUCCAUGAAAAACAACAGUUCCAUUAACUCUACCAGACCAGCAGAAGAACUAAGGAGAGCAAAAAGGCAAGACAACUAUUAUGACUACUCAUCCUUUCACCCACUGCAUGGCCCAAACCAGAGGGACUCUGAGAGCUUUGCGUAUUUUUUCCCCGAGGAUUACUUUGAAGGGAUUCGGAUGAAACUUCCACUGGGAUGGCCCACUCCCAGUGGUUUAACGGCUGCCACAGCUUGGCAGAUUUGCCACCAAACUCUUGCAAAUUCCACCAUUGGCUUAGCAUGUAAAGGUCUCCUUGGAAAACAGAUGGAUGAGGCAAUCAAAAUAUGCCUUUUAGAUCUGCAGCUCAAGGAUGAUGUGGCCUGGGUGAGGGCAUUGAUAGCCCUUUUGGAAAAUGAAUGCGAAAGAAGAGUGCUAGGAAACAGAAACAGAGUGUUUCAUGUAGGAAACCAGCCAUCUGCUACCCUCACCGCUCUCCGGUGUCCUGCUUUCUGUAACAGUAACGGACAAUGUACUGAACGGGGCUGCCAGUGCUUUGAAGACCACCGUUCCUAUGAUUGUAGCAUUGCCAAAAAGCAAGCUUUGGAAAUCACAGGCUUGGAGAAUGGGGGUUUCUGUGACUUCCGAGCCUCCGACUGCACCAAGGUCCGGGUAUUUGGCUUCAACUUCAAAGAGUCACCCAACCUGCGCUGCGAGGUCACGAGUUUAAUUCAUCUCAAUGGCAAAUGGAUACCAAGAGGACAAGAAACCACAAAAGCAGAUUUUCUCAGCUCUGAGGCUGUUGACUGUCAGAUUCCUCUCCUGAACAUUACAGAGACAGAGGCUGUGCACUUCGGGGCUGGUGACAAGCCGUUUGCAAGAUGGCAAGUGAAAAUCACUAACGAUGGCUUCCAGUACAGUAAUUCCAGAGUGCUGACCCUCUACGACGCAGUCUGCCAGGCCUGCCAAUUCCAUCCAACCGGACUUUGUAAAUUAAAGACAGACAGACACAUCCAGAAAUAUCCCAAUAUUUAUACUUUGCAGCUGUUAAUGGAAGUAAAUAAGACUGAGGAGUAUCCAAAUUUUGAAAUGCCUCUGCCAGAAAGUGAUUUUACCUCUCCUAACCUGUUUGACAACCUGCCUCCUGUGUUCCAGGCCCCCUCCAGCCAGCUGCUGACAUUUAUUGGUGAGAAUUUUGUUUACCAGCUAAUCGCAGUGGAUCCGGAAGGGUCAGCUGUGCUAUUCAUCCUAGAGGCUGGGCCACAGGAUGCCAGGCUUUCUCCUGCCGGCCUUCUGAUCUGGAAAGUCGAUUCAGAAGAAACGCAGACCUUUGAAUUCACUGUGUCGGAUGAAUGCAAUGCACAGAGCAGAUACUCUAUUGAGGUUAGAGUGAAGCCCUGCAGCUGCCUCCAUGGUGGAACUUGUGUUACCAACAUUAAAUUCCCUCCAGGCCUUGGUGAAUACCUGUGCCUAUGUCCAAAUGGAUUUGAUGGAGAAUUUUGCCAGGAAGAUACUAAUGACUGCAAAUCAAACCCCUGCGGCAGUGGAACAUGCAUGGACAGUGUGGAUGG